CGGCGCCAGCAGGUCGCCGAUUGCAUCACAUGCGCACGUCUCCAAAAUACGGUAUGUUACUGCACAAAAUAUUGUCAUCGAUCUUCCAAUUUACUUCUUGGUACCGGUAUUUCCCGCCUCAAUGUUGUGAGACAAAGACAUUGUUAUAAUAGCGUCAUAGUUGAGCAGUGUUCGAAAACAUAUUAUAUAGAACCUAAUCACCUACCGGAGUCAGGAAGUUAAAUCGUUGGAUGGAAGGGAAAAGUAAAAACAUACGAUUGAUGACGCCACUUACGUUCGCACAGUACGCAUAGUUGCCAUCAAACCAUGAGCGCGACGGCGUCAUCGUCAAAAUCGGCAGCGGAACAAAUCACGAAGAAAAAUUCCAAGACACUCUCCACCCUUCUGCAGAGCAAUCCAAAGAAUACCGACUGGAAGCGAAUCAAAGCUAUUCUUUUUACAUACCACCCAGAGAAGAAGAACGCCCCCAACCUCGAAGGUCUCCUACACCAAGCACUGAAUCGAGCAUGCCUGGAUCCAUCGGGUGUUUCUUCUCCAACUUUCGACCUUAUACUCUCAAAGACGAGGGAAUUGUCUUUGUCAGAACGCGUUCGGUAUACGAGCACAGCGAUCAGGUGUCGAAACAGGAAAGCUGUCCGAGCUCUCAUUCACGACGAUCCAUCGGUUUUGUUCUAUUGCACCAAUGAAGAGGACGAUAGCUCGAUGAUUACGGCAGAUAACGCCAACGGAACCACUCUCUUGCACAUUGCUUGUGAAGAAUAUGGCUGGAAUGACGAAAUUGCCUUUGUUCUCGCCGAAAUUCUAAGCAACAACAAACACCACGAAAGAGACGGUAGAUGCUACUUCCAUAACGGUUUGUUUCAGGAGAUGGCAGAGUCAGAAAUGCCCUUGAAGCUAUCCCUACAAGCGGGUUCAGAUUUAGAGAAAAUAAUAUGCCAUCUGAAGGAGCAACAUCCUAGCUACUUGGAAAGGAAUCUUGACUGUCUAUCACAGAUUAUUGCUGAAUUCUGCUACGAUAUGACACUCCUCUAUGAUCUGGCCGAUGCUUAUGGGAUUCGAUUGCUGACCAGUGUCCACCCCAAAGAUGGUUCGAGUCCACUGGGUUUUGCCUGUUAUUAUCAGAAUGAAGAAAUGGUUCGGGUUUUGUUGGAGUUAUAUCAUAACUUGAACAAUAGAACCGAAAACAGAGAAUCGUGCAACAACAACAAUAGAAAUUCCCUUCUUCAGGUUCAAAAAAGUCUCCUCUCACCAAACAACGAGGGCAUGUCACCGCUCGGGCAUUUGCUCCUCAGUGUAGGCGAUCCAGAUGCCGAAAAUGCUUGGAAAUGCGUCAAUACAUGUGUUCGCUUUUUUACCGACAACGACAACAUUACCAAUUUCGAUGUCAACGACGAUUGCAAUAACGGAGGGAAUGGAAUUUCAAGAUUGCAGCAACAGCGAUUUCCCGUGCUGCAUUUGUUCCUUUUGCACACAUGGGAUGCUCUGAUUGCAAAAAAGAAUUGUAUGAAAAUCUUGGAUCGAAUCAUCCAGCGGUUUAGAAUAGAUUUUUGUGUCGUUGACGAUGAAACUGGUAACACGGUGCUCUCCAUCGUGGUCGAAAAACUGUCUAUAUGUAGUCCUGCUUAUCACGGCAAGAAAAAGAGACCCCAUGCAAUGGCAAUGAAAAUAUUGGAUUACCUAACAACUGGUCAUCCCGUCGUUCCAUCGGAUGUAGCAUCGAACCAUCAUCGGCCCGCUACUACAAGAGAUGGACGCGGUCGACUCCCUUUGCAUUCAGCUUGUGAAAAUUCCCUGCCGUGGAAAACAGGAUUGAGAAGUAUUGUGGAUGCAAAUGUUCCAGCAUUGGAGUCAUACGAUCCUCUCACUCGUCUUCCAGCCUUUGCUCAUCAUGCCGUCGGUCCAAAAAGCGACCUCGAUUCGAUCUAUGAAUUGCUCCGACUUCAUCCUGGUAUUAUUGAUACCGUUAUACCACUUGCCAAUUCGAACUAAGAGCGACACAAAUUGUUGAAAUCAAGAGAAUUGAAGUUUCGUCGUAGGACUCGUACAUCCGCACGAUACGACGCAAAAUACGGUACUUAAAAAUUCUCAUUCCUUUCCAGUCGUGCUACUUAGUCUGGCCUUCGUUCACAUUUGACGUGUUUCCCCGUAAAGUUCGUCCGUACGGUACGACCAUAGAGAUAUUCUACGCAUUCGAUUAAUGCGAAUGAUUCGGUCUACGUUACGUUCGUACUGUACGAUAUUUUAUUUCUUAUUUUCACAUCAUAUUCCUUCUAAAACGUACAGUAAAGUACUCUCCUUUGG